CGCGGCUCUCCCAAGCGCAUAAUUCCGCCUACGUGAAGGACGCAGACGUGUUUAGAGUUCAACCACUGUGUACAGAGCUAUCUUGCGACUGUUGACCGUCAGAAAUGAGUUUCGAGAGACCGCACCGUGGUGGUGGCAACCGAAGACGCUACAGAGACGACUAUGAUGACCGCCGCCGCGAAACCUUCGAAUCUCCUGCAGACAAACUCAAGACGGCUAUCAUCAAGCUGGGCGACAUAGACGCGAAUGACGAGCUUGUUCAAAUCGAGAAGCAGAUUCGAGACCACACGCCUCUGGUAGUGGCCAAUAUCUCUGAAGCGAUUCGAAUCAGCGUUACGGAGCAGCCAUAUAAAAUCCCGUACUACGCGACUCUCGUCCGGCGCUUGCACGAUCCAGCCGCGGACGCGCCAGAGACUGAAGACAUCGGACCGUCGCUGGGGAGACAGAUCUUGGAGGACUUCUGGAAGGGGUUCCACGCGUACUUGGACCAGCUGGCGUGGCGAGAAACAAGAUUGUGUAUCCACUUCUUCGCACAUCUCACUGUCGCCAAGCUGAUUUCAACGGACUCCAUGAUCGCGCUGUUACAAUCCCUUACCGCAGUAUUGGAGGAAUUCGGCGUCUCCCAAGGACGGGCUAAAAAAGCUGCAGUGUGUGCGGCGGAAGGGUUGAUGAUUGGCGGGCCGAUCCUGAAAGCUACUUCUCCGACACAAGUUGAGGAAAUGAUCCAUGCCAUACAAGCAUACAACGAAAGCGCGGUGAAUACCAAAUCUCUGGUUACCCCAACAUACAAAAUUGGCAGAGCUGCGGGCAACGAACACUCUAAUGAGCUACUCGACAUGGCAUUGCAAGCGCUGCAAAGUCUCAACGACACUGACUUUGCAGCCACAGCAACCAGUUUCCUGCAGCCUUAUUCUGGAAUACCCGACCUGGAUCCUGCCACGUUCUCGCCUUACAAUUUGCCGUCGGUCCUGGUGCCUCCCGAGGUCAUCGAGUUGGACACUUUGUCGUCGGAAUCUGGCGAAGACGCCCAGGUGAAGAAAGAAGAAUGGCCAGAACACUUUGUGCGGCUAUUCGACAACGAGAUUACCGCAGACCCAACGACGCCGGCGGGCUACGCUGUUCACUCUGCGCUGCGCGACAUUGCGGAUAUAUUCGAAGUCAACCGCAAGGAAUCUGCCAGACUCUUGCUUGAAUACCCGCGGUGGACAGUUCCGGGGACGUUCAAGCCCAAACCAGGUGCUGCGGCGACCGUCGAACCGGUCCCAGGCAAGGACUGGCAGCUGGAGAGCACCGUCAUCGAAAACGUAUUGGGCGCGUACUUCAUUUUACCAGAGUCAUCACAAAAGUCCGUGUACUACAUCGCUCUGGUCACCGACCUGUGUAAGCUUUCGGCGUCAACCGUCGGACCGGCGGUGGGCAAGUCCAUCCGCAAGCUGUAUGGUCUCCUCGAUGAAGGGCUCGAUGUGGAGGUCGCUCGCCGAUUUUCGGAGUGGUUUGCAGUCCACAUGAGCAACUUUGGGUUCCAGUGGGUGUGGAAAGAAUGGGUCCCGGAUCUAUCUCUGAGCAUGUACCAUCCUAAGCGGACGUUCAUGCAGCGGGCACUAGAGCUGGAGGUUCGACUGGCCUACCACGAUCGGAUUCUGAAGACGCUCCCUGCUGAAAUGCAAGCCCCCGAAAGCGCCGUGAUCAGUGAAGAGGCGCCGGCCCCUUGGUACGAGUAUGAUGAUUCAGCUGGUCCCCAUCACGAAGCUGCCCAGUCAGUACUGAACCUGUUUCGAGGACGGGCUGUUGCUACUGAUGUGAUCGCGCACCUGGACGGGCUCAAAGCCACUUUGGAAGACGAUGACAAAAUCAUCCGCUCAAUCGUGGUACAGUCGCUGCUGAACGUCGGGUCGCGGUCAUUCUCGCAUCUGCUGAACGCCAUCGAGCGCUAUCUUCCGCUGCUGCGAAAUCUGGCUGCGGCUGGGGGCGAGGCGAAGCUGGAUAUCUUGCGCGCGUCGGCUGUGUUUUGGAAGAACAACCGGCACAUGGUGGUGAUCGUGUUCGACAAGCUGAUGCAGUAUCAGAUCGUGGACCCGACGGAUGUCGUCGCCUGGGUGUUCAGCACGGGCCAGAGCUUCAGUGCAUUUGAAUGGGAUGUGCUGCGAGGGGCGCUGGACAAGGCGGUGGGCCGGGUCGUCGUUGCCCGCAAGCGGGUGGUCGGAUUGCGCAAGGAGGACGACGAGAAACGGGCCCGGGUCAACGCUGGCGACGACGAAGCAAUGGAAGUUGACACUCAAGUGGUCAAAACCGACGAGUCGGCUGCUGCAGACAGUCCUGCGCUUGCAACUGCCGUCAAAGCAUUCACUAGUCUCACCCGGGAACAAAAGACUGCCCUUUCGCGAACAAUCGACGGCUUCGCGGAUCUCCUCAUGUCCAGCGAUGUGACGAAACUUGUGUGGGAAGCACGGAUGGGUUGGACUCGCACCGAGUGGGAUAUGUUCGAGGCCUGGGGCUGGUUCAGACAUUUCUGUCGUGUGUACGCGCCAUACCUCCGAAAUUACUCGGAGACGCUGUAUACGGUAUCUCUGGCCAAAUUCGAAGGCGCGUCAGAUCCCGCUGCGGAGCUGCUGCGCAAGACGUGGAGUAUUGCUACUGGCCAAGAGUAAUCACUCAGAUUUGUUGUUCUCUGUUUGCAAGUCGAUUUGAGUCUGAAACGGCGCAAGAGAACCAGUCGCGUUGAAGCGGUAGACAUCGG